CAGGAGGAGGCUGCAGCGACUUCCUCGUUAUUUCUCGCAGGUAUCCCACUCCCUUCGUCGCCAGAACAAUCCUUCCGGAUUAAACAACAACAAAAGAAAGAGAAAAAAGAGAAAAAAUUUGUUUUCGACGUGCACUCCACUCGAUGUGAAAAAGAGCGCGAGACAAAACAUAAGCGAAAUGGGAGCGUUCAGGGUGCUGUUGGGGAGUUUACAUUACAUGGGACUCUACAUGCAACUUAGUGUCUCCACGAGGCAAGCUGGACACGGCGAGAUAGAGAACCACAUCUCUGGGAACGCCAUGUUCACAGAGGUGCCUCACGAUAUGACUGCCCAAAGAGGUCAGGAUGUGGAGAUGGCCUGCUCAUUCAGAGGAGCGGGAACCCCUUCCUAUGCACUGGAAAUCCAGUGGUGGUACAUCAGGAACCAUCUUGACUGGACCCACAGGCAGCCCUGGACAACUAAUGAAGUGGCUCCUGAGGAGGAGAUGGCAAAGGAUGCUACAAAGAUAAGUGUUGUGAAGGUUGUAGGAAGCAACAUCUCCCACAAACUCCGCCUCUCCCGAGUCAAGCCGUCUGACGAGGGCACGUACGAGUGCCGCGUCAUUGACUUCAGCGACAUCGAGGGCGCGCGUCACCACCGCGUCAGAGCCUACCUGCAGGUGGUGCCGGAGAGCGACGUAAUCAGCGGCAACCCCAGCAACAACUUUGAGGCCAUGGACGACACCAAGAGAGGAGUGGGAUUCUCUGACGGGGACGACGGGGAGUCUCUUGGUGGCACCAAAGAGCACGCUCACAGCCAUCACCAGAAUCACGGGCACCACCAGGAGCACGCCAAGCGCUCUUCUUCACCUGCCCACCACAGCCACGGCAGCAGCAGCAGCAGCAGUCAGCAACACAAGGCGGGCAGAGAGCUGAGGAAGAGGGACGUGGACAGUAACCACAGUAGCCACAAUGACUGCACCAACGAACCGAGCUGUGCGCUGUAGAUGGCAUUACACAAGGAUUGCAUAAUAUGAUGUGUGUCACAGCAUAAAAAAGCUAUUCUUCCCACACAGUUCAGGCCUGUGCACAAAUCCAGAAUCUCUAGAAAAUGUCCAGUAUGGCUUAUUCUAAGCACAGGGCUGCAAACUGUGCAGGGAAUGUAGCUUUUUCUCGCUGUGCAUGGGUCUGGGUUGGACUGCUCACCUGUCUGUAAAGCCUGGCUUCACAGCAUUCAGCAAAA